AUGGCCAAUCAGGGUUUGCAAUCUCAGGGAGAAAGCACGCAGAUACAGAUGUGUACAGAUAAAGGCAGGGAUUCUGAGAAGUUUCCAAGGGCACUGAGAGACACGGGCGGCUACCACCAAUGUGGGCAGGGGCUGGAAAUACAUUUCAGAAUAAUUGUACAUUUUUAUGCUCCAGGAAUCAGAACAGAAGGCCUCACCAUGAUGUUUAAACUGUUUGGACUUCACCUGCUCUGUCUCUUUGUGCUUCAGCAGGUUGCCUGCCAAAGUGUAAACCAGUCUCAAUUCACUGGACCUCUGGAGAACAAGAACUUCACUGUUCAAGAGGGCAGACUAGGAACAAUAUAUUUAUAUCGGUUUGCUUUUGAACCACCUGUUGUCAACUUGCGACUAACUGGUGAGACAGACAACGUCAUACAGAUGACACCAACAGAUGGAACUCUGUUUCUUACUGGACCUCUGAACUGGGAAAGCAAAAACGUUCACAGGCUGCAGGUGGAAGGGUUGAAUGAAAAAGGACAAACAGUGAAAGGUCCAUAUUCUAUCUUAAUAAUUGUUGAAGAUAUCAAUGACAACCCACCGCAGUUUGAUCAGAAAAAUUACACUGGUGUAGUGAGACAACGCUCACGGCCAGGAAAGCCCUUCAUGUUUGUCAGGGCUACUGAUCAUGAUGAUCCAUCCACUCCGCAUGCGCAACUGAGCUACAGCAUCGUCCAGCAUUUCCCCAGCCCGCACAAGGAGAUGUACUUUCAGAUUAACAACAUCACAGGAGCGAUUUCCACAACUGUUGCUGGAGCUAAGUAUUUAGAUCCAGAAAAAGAAGCCGAAUUUCUCCUUGUUGUGGCAGUCAAUGAUAUGGCAGGACAGUCGAUAAAUUCCUUUGCCACCACCACUGAUGUUCACAUCAUUGUGAUGGAAAACCUUUGGAAAUCUCCUCCACCUGUAACUAUAAAGGAAAAUUCCACUGAAGCCCACCCCAAAGCUAUUACAAAGGUCCAGUGGAAUGAUCCAGGGGCGAUAUAUGAAGUUACACAGAGGAAAGGGGCUGUUGGUAAGCUCCCAUUUAUGGUUGACAAGAAUGGAACUGUUUAUGUAACUGAACCACUGGACAGAGAAGAAAAAGACUUGUACACAUUCUUUGUAUUUGCAAAAGACGAACAGGGAGCGCCACUGGCCUUCCCACUGAAUAUCACAGUCACUGUAGAAGACAUUAAUGACAAUCCUCCGGUGUGUGACAAAGCUGUGACUAAAUUUGAAGUUCAGGAGAAUGAAGCUGCAGGGAAUUUGGUAGGACAUUUUCAGGCUUCAGACAGGGACAAGAAAGAUAGUUUAAACUCCCGCCUGAAAUACAAGAUUCUGAACCAGAUCCCCAAAGUCCCUUUAGAUAAUUUGUUUCGCAUUGCAACAGAAACUGGAACGAUUAACUUAGUCAAAGCUGGCUUAAGCAAACAAGUAGCCUCUAAUUAUCUUUUGAAGGUGGAAGUGACGGAUACAGACUUCACAACUGUGUGCGAUGUACAAAUAAAUGUAAUUGACAUGAAUGAUCAGAUUCCAAUUUUUGAAAAAACAGAUUAUGGCUCUCUGGUUUUACCAGAAAACACACCAGUAGGAACAGUAAUUCUGGAAAUUCAAGCCACAGAUGCUGAUGAGCCAUCCACUGGAAGCUCUGAAAUUGUGUACAUAAUCAAGAAGGGAGACCCAAGUAAUUCUUUUACAAUAGUGACAGAUUCAAAAACAAACAAAGGAUCGGUAACCAUUAAUAAGGCUCUUGAUUUUGAAACAAUGCCAGUGUUUGACCUAAUGAUCAACGCCACAAAUCCCGAACCUCUUGUAUCUGGAGUACAGUAUAAUUCAAGUUCUGUGGCCUACCUGAGAGUAAAUGUAACAGAUGUGGAUGAACCUCCAGCUUUCAUCAACAGUGUUGAGAUAGUUGAUAAGCAUGAAAAUGUUUCUGUAGGUAGCUUGGUGACAACAGUGACAGCAUAUGAUCCUGAGGGAGCCCAGAUAAGAUACUCGCUGAAGGGGGACAACAGAAACUGGCUGCGGAUUGACCCAUUGAAUGGCACAAUAUAUACCGCUGCCCCCUUGGAUCGGGAAACCGAACGUGCCUACAUCGUGUACAUUGUGGCGACUGAGCAAACCAAAGCAGCUCAGAGCUCCACAGCAAAGUUGAUACUGAACCUGAAAGAUGUGAAUGACAACCAUCCCAUGCUAUCAAAGGAAUUUGCCUACUUCUGCCACCCUCUCCAAGGCAAUGAGAAAGCCCUCAUAGAAGUAUAUGAUCCAGAUCAAUACUCAUUUCUCUCAAGAUUCACUUAUUCCCUUGUGGGUGGAGACACAAUACAGAACAACUGGAAUGUUUCUAAACUCAAUGGUAAACAUGCUUAUAUUUUCCCAAAGAACAAGUCUCUUGAAGCAAAAAGGUAUGUGAUACCAAUAAAAAUUAAUGACAACGCACAGCCACCUAUGGAAGGAAUUGUAUAUCUGACAGUGAAUAUAUGCAGGUGUGUCGAGGAAAGAUGCUUCAUAGAAGUAGAAAAGGUCAAUAAUUUUCCAACUGUGGGGAUGGCAGUCGGUAUUCUGAUUGCUGUAUUUGCAGUGAUUGGUAUCAUUUUGGGGAUUGUGUUUUACCGCAUGAAAUACAAAAAGCAGGAUGACCAGAAGGCACCCAGAGCAAGUGCUGCUAACCCAACGGAACUGCAAAACCUGACGUAA